UGCUGUGCACACAGAUCAUGCAUGCCCAUGCUCAGUUCUGCAUGAGUGGAGACCAUACCUUGGAAGGGACAGAGCAUGCCAUUCGUGAAAUCGCCAAGGAAGAGGCUGACGAGUAUUUUGUUAUUGUCUUGAGUGAUGCAAAUCUCGAGCGAUAUGGUAUUCGGCCAUCAAGGUUUGCCCAGGCCUUGACCACCAAUGCUCAAGUCAAUGCUUUCGCCAUAUUUAUAGGAUCCUUAGGAGACCAGGCAGAUAGGCUGCAGAGGACACUACCAGCAGGUCGGUCUUUUAUUGCCAUGGAUACCAAAGAGAUCCCCCAGAUUUUGCAGCAGAUCUUCACAUCUACCAUGUUGUCAAGUGCCUAAAGCAUCACUGAUGUCACGGUGCGUGAAUUCAAAGAAGAAACCCACUCCCACUGGAGAUACAAACCCUAAAGCUGAGGAUAAACACAGUUACUAAUAAAAUACAGGCUGUUCUUUAAUAAGCAAACCGACCCAAAUCUGCACGACAGCCGGGCUGUAAAAUUUCACCCAAAAUCUCUCAACCGACUUAGCACGUUCAAAGAAUUACAGCGGGGCGGAGGUGUAUCGCAGGAUGGCAACAGAGCGAGUGUUUUUCCGGAGGGACAAAUAAAGAAAGGACAGUUUGUGAUCGUUCCUCUGCCUGCCACGUUGCCAGCACUGCAGCAUCAUCUCACCCUGUUUUAUUAAACACGGUUCGCUGGGAUUUGAUAAUAUUAUGCAAGGCAGAGCCAGGCAAUCUGUUUCAGUGUUUUGUGUGCAUAUGUUUG